AAAAUUAAUAAUAGCAGAAUUGGAGUUAGAAAGCACAACUGUUUCUCCGACCGACCUUCCCUAACUAUGGCGGUUACAUUUCCUCCGGCCAUGGCGGUGCUCGCCGCGCCGGCCACCGGAACCAGCAGUAGCCGGGGAAUCUUUCCCCUUUCACCGCGCUUCACUCGCCGACCAAAUUUUCGACGGAAAAUUCUCCAGAAACAUCCGGCGCUGCGUGUGGCGACUCCUUCCUCGUCGAUUCCGGCCGCCGACGUCUCCGAGGAAGUUUCUUCUUCUAGUAUUGAGAGCUCCAUCGAUUUUGAAGAAAUCCGGCCGCCGUCCGACGAGAAGUUCUCGUGGAGAGAUCAUUGGUACCCCGUAUCGCUUGUGGAGGACCUCGAUCCGCGGUAUCCGACGCCGUUUCAGCUGCUUAAUCGAGAUUUGGUUCUGUGGUUUGAUAAGAAUGCUUCGGAAUGGGUUGCUUUUGAUGAUCAGUGUCCCCACCGACUCGCUCCUUUAUCGGAAGGGAGACUUGAUGAAAAUGGGCAUUUGCAGUGUUCAUAUCAUGGAUGGUCUUUCGAUGGAUGUGGGUCAUGCACUCGGAUCCCUCAAGCAGCAUCGGAAGGGCCUGAGGCCCGUGCUGUUAAGUCUCCGAGAGCAUGUGCUAAGAGGUUCCCGGCCAUGGUCUCACAGGGUCUGCUCUUUGUUUGGCCUGAUGAGAAUGGCUGGGAAAGAGCUCAAGCCACUAAGCCACCAAGGUUGCCGGAAGAUUUUGAUAAGCCAGAGUUUUCUUCAGUGACGAUUCAGCGUGAUUUGUAUUACGGCUACGAUACUCUCAUGGAGAAUGUAUCAGAUCCAUCCCACAUCGAUUUUGCACACCACAAGGUUACUGGCAGGAGAGAGAGAGCAAAGCCUUUACCGUUCAAGAUGGAGUCGAGUGGACAUUGGGGCUUUGCUGGUGCAAACGAAGGCAAUCCUAAAAUCAGCGCGGAGUUUGUUGCCCCUUGCUACUAUAUGAACAAGAUUGAGAUCGAUACAAAGCUUCCGUUUGUAGGCGACCAAAAAUGGGUCAUAUGGAUUUGUUCCUUCAACAUCCCAAUGGCCCCGGGGAAGACACGCUCAAUUGUUUGCAGCGCCCGGAACUUCUUCCAGUUCACCAUGCCGGGUCCUGCGUGGUGGCAGGUGAUUCCUCGAUGGCACGAGCAUUGGACAUCCAACAAAGUAUACGACGGGGACAUGAUAGUCCUCCAAGGCCAGGAGAAGAUAUUCCUUUCCCAGUCCCAGGACGGCUCCGGCGACAUCAACAAGGAUUACACCAAAAUAACCUUCACACCCACACAAGCCGAUCGCUUCGUCCUAGCAUUCCGAAACUGGCUGAGGCGACACGGAAACAGCCAGCCUGAAUGGUUCGGUAACACCGGCCAACAACCUUUGCCGUCCACCGUACUCUCCAAACGACAGAUGCUGGACAGAUACGAGCAGCACACGCUCAAGUGCUCGUCGUGCAGAAAUGCUCACGGCGCGUUCGAAACGGCGCAGAAGGCCCUAAUCGGUGCGGCGGUAGCGUGCGUGGCGGCUGCAGGUAUUCCUCCUGAAUCAAUGCUGCAGCUAAGAGUUGUUCUUGGGGCUGCAGCAAUACUCAGUGCUGCAUUUGCCUAUCUUCUCAAUCAGUUGCAAAAGAACUUUGUUUUUGUUGAUUAUGUCCACGCUGAUAUUGAUUGAUUCACAUUUCCCAAAUAUUUUCUACAAAAAUUGGGUGAUUACAGUAAAAUAGGAUAGUGUUUGUAUCAAUUAUUGUCAAUUUUUACUGUAGAUUUAUUCCUAUCUUGAUAUGCAUUUUGUUGGCAUAAUGGACUUUGGACUAUUAUUGCUGUAUA